AUGAAUGAAAUUCAUAAAGGGUAAUCAAAUGAAGUUCCCUAAUUAAAAUAUAUAAGUUAUGAAGAUAAAUUAGAGUUCUAUAGAAAUGUUAGAUAAUGGCAUAAUAAAUUUAUUUAUUAGUAAUUUGAUUUAAGUGGUUUGAAAGGUAUUCAUUUAGAUAAAAAUGAAAAAUUCAAUAUAUUAAAAGAGUAAUUGACUUCAUUUAAUAAAUAAGUAAAUAUUUACAUUAAAUUAGUUACAAUAAGCAGAAAUUAGCAAAAUAACUCCUUAGAAUUUUCCAUCUCGUUAUAAUUUUCAUUCUUAGAUUUUAUAAUUAUUAAGAGAAGCUUAACUAUCUACAAAUAAAGAAUAAUAAGAAGAAUUUAUAUAAAAAAUAUAUGAUUGGAAUAAUUAAGAAUAAAUAAGAUCUUUAAAGAGUAGAUGUAAACAUACAUAAUCAGUUGAUUAUAAAUAUGAAAGUUCUAAUUUUGAUGGUACAACAAAUGAUGAAACUAAAAGACAUUUUUUAGAUUUUAGUGAAUAAAAAUAAUUGCCUAGUUAGAUAAUACAAGAAAAUAUAAGAGAUUUUAAAUAAUAAUAAAGAACUAUUCAUAAAGAAAUAGAUCCUCCUGAUGUUAGGUAUCAAAAUUUUAUAUAUUUCAAGAUUAUAAUAAUAUUCAAGAAAAACAUUAAUUCAAUAAUAAUUAUAGAUUUCAUAAUUAAAACCAGAAUCUUAAUCAUCCUUUUUUCCUACAUAAAAUAAUAUUAAUAAAUUUUCUGUUUAUGAAGAAUAAGAAUAAUAAGAAAAAGAUACAGAAAAUGAAGAGAAUAAAAUGCCUAUAGAACCAAUAAAAGUAUUUUUAAAAGAUGAUUAAGAUUUAAGUAUAUAAAGAUAAUAAAGUAAAUCAUUUGAAGUUAAAUAAAUGUAUUAAUAAUAUUAACCAUCUAAUUCAGAAAUUGAAGCAUCAUUAUAAUAAAGAUGGAUUACAAAUAGAUAAAAAGAAUAUAAAAAUUAAAAAGAAGAUUAAGAAUUAGUAAAUUCUAUGUUAAAAUGGUCAAAAAAUAAAUCAAGAAUAUAAAAAGAAAUGGAUAGAAGAUAAGAUUCAUCUUAAUUUGGAAGUAGAUAUUAAUAAUUAGAUUUAAUUCCAGAUUCUCCUUUAUAAACAAAAAAAUAAUAUUAUAUUGGAUAUGAUCCAAAAGUUAUUAAUUUAAAAUAAUUACCAAUUAUUGUUAAUACUUCAAAAAAUAAUUCAGUAAGAACAAUGAUUGAAAUGGACGAAUCAAUUUCUAAAUAAAAGAUUGAAACUACAAAAAAAAAAUAUACAAGUUUAUUAAAUUUAUCAAAUAUUGAAAUUACUCCAAUUAAAUAAUAAUAAUAAUAAUAAUCAUUAUCUAUUUAUGGUUUAAAUGAUCAAAAAAAUAGAUCGAUCUCUUAAAAAAAUAAAAUGGCUAGUGUAAUUGAUGCAUUUAGUCCUGAAAAAGUUUCAGAAGAAUAAUUGAAAGAAGUAUAUGAAGUAUAUAAAUUUUAUAUAUAUAAAUUAGAUUAAAAAUAGAAUGGCUAAACAUAAAAUAGUUAUUCCAUUAAAAAAAAUAAUGACUGGUUUAAUUGCACCUACUGUAGAUAAAAAUAAUCUAUAUGAUAAAAUACCAGAUAUUGGAUCUAUGAUAAUGAGUAAUCCAUUUGAAGUAGCAAAGAAAACUAAAAAAAAGAAAAAGAAAAAGAAAGAAUGA